CAUUUCACUGACUCAAAUUUGAUUCGUCAUCUUCUUCUUCUCUUUCUCUCUCUCCUUCACAUCCAUUCGUCGAGUUUCUGGGAAAGCUUUAACCAAGUCAAAAGAAAUCACCUUUAUAGUAUUUUUCUUACAAUUUUACAAAAACAGACCUAAACCUUGAUGAUCUUAGCUGUUGAAUUGGCUAUCAAAUCUUCCUUUUUUGUUAUUAUAAAAUUAACAUUAUUUAAAAAAUAUAUAUUUUAUCCAUUAAGGAUUCAACUUGUUUGUUUGGUCCAAGAAUAUGUCUUUGUAACUACAUAAAGUAAUCGGAUAAAAACAUACCAAGUUGUUUCAAAAAAAAAGAAAACCAAGUCAUGACUCUCUCUUCACCUCCCUUUGUCUCUCUAAGCUGUUAAAAUCAUUUCAACAACGAGAUUAAGGAAACAAAAACCUUGAAGCUCUGAAGUCAAAUCCAUCAGCAAUCUUCAAAUUUAUCUCUCUCUCUUUCUUGGUUUCUGUAGCUUCUUGGAUUAUCAGAUCUUAUCCGUUGAAGUUCAAGAAAUGGGAGAUGGUGCUUUAAUUGUAGCGGUAGCGAUCAAAGGGAACAAUAGCAAAACCAAAGGUGUUGUUCGAUGGGCACUUCAACAAUUCGCUUCUCAAGAGCAUGUCGUCUUCAAGGUCUUAAAUGUCCAGCCAAGAGAUUCGACCUCGGUUUCAACCACAAGAAAAGAUUCGACCGCAGCGGUCUACAAGAAUGAUGUUGAUAGGAAGACCAGAGAAAUGCUUCUUCCAAGCAGAGACAUGUUUGCUCAAAGAGAGGUACAAAUGGAUAUAAUGGUGCUUGAAUCAGAUGAUGUAGCAGAUGCAAUCUCUAAAGCGGUUCAAGAACAUGGAAUCGGUGAGCUAGUCAUUGGAGCUUCCUCUUCUAUUAUCUUCUCAUGGAAGUUGAAGAGAAGCAACUUGUCUUCCAAGAUUUUAGAUGUCACACCAAGAUUCUGCACCGUUCACGUUAUCUCUAAAGGAAAGCUUCUUAAUGUUCGCAAAUCCGAUAUAGACAUUGAAACAAGCAUUACAGAUGAUAGAAGCGAAAGCCAGUUCACUUCAAGUACCAAUUCAGGGUCAGUAAGUUCCACAUCGAGUCAUCAAUUCUCAUCUACACCUCUACUCUUCCAAAGAAUGCAAGCUCUUUCAACCGUUAACCAGAAGGUCGGCACAAAUAUUGGAAUAAAUAACAAUAUUGAUACGCACCAUAACAGAGCCGCGUCACUUGGUUUGGAUGACACAAAGAUGUUUAACCAGAAGGGGUUUUACCGAACAAACAGCUCGGGAAUCGGGUAUGGAGGAAAUGAUAUUCAAGGCAGGAGAAUGUCUUAUACAGAUGAGGGUUCAAGCUCAAGUUGCUCCAGCGACCCUACUUCAUCUAGUAGCCAGGUGAGUAAAGACUUCGAGUUAGAGAAGCUGAAGAUUGAGCUCCGUCACAUUAAAGGAAUGUAUGCAGCUGCUCAGGGAGAAGUUAUGGAUGCUUCUAGAAAGGUUCAAGAUCUGAACCAGCGCAGGUCAGAGGAAGCUGCGAGGCUCAAGAACUUAACGAUAAGAGAAGAAGACGAGGAAGAUGUGGUGGAGAUGGAGAGGGAGAGACAGGAGGAGGCGGAGAAAGAAGCUGAGCUCGUGAGGAUAUGCGUUGAGAGAGAAACUGGAGACAAGCUUGAGGCGCAAGCAAGAGCCGAAGAGGUUAGAAAGGAGAAGCAGAGGCUAGAGGAUGCACUUGAAGGAGGACCGCUUCAACGCCAACAAUACAUGAAGUUUGAGUGGGAAGAGAUCGUUCAGGCCACGUCAUCUUUCUCAGAUGAACUUAAAAUUGGAAUGGGCGGGUAUGGAAGCGUGUAUCGGUGUAACUUGCACCACACGACAGUAGCUGUCAAGGUUCUUCAUUCUGACAAAAGUAACUUAACCAAACAGUUUCACCAAGAGCUUGAGAUUCUUAGCAAGAUUCGUCACCCACACUUGCUUCUCCUCCUUGGCGCAUGUCCUGACCACGGCAGCUUAGUCUACGAGUAUAUGCACAACGGAAGCCUCGAGGAAAGACUCAUGACACGCAGACCAAACCCUGACGCACUGCAACCGCCGUUACGGUGGUUUGAGCGGUUCAGGAUCGCUUGGGAGAUAGCUUCAGCUCUCUACUUUCUCCACACAAACGAGCCAAGACCAAUCGUUCACCGUGAUCUUAAACCGGCAAAUAUACUCCUAGACCGGAACAAUGUGAGCAAAAUCGGAGACGUAGGCCUCUCCAAGAUGGUUAACCUCGACCCUUCUCAUGCCUCAACCGUUUUUAACCAAACCGGUCCGGUAGGAACAUUUUUCUACAUUGAUCCUGAGUACCAAAGAACCGGUGUGGUGACUCCAGAGUCCGAUAUCUACGCGUUUGGAAUCAUACUUCUUCAGCUAGCCACGGCUAGGUCAGCAAUGGGUUUGGCUCAUUCGUUAGAGAAAGCGUUGAGAGAUCAAACCGGGAAGUUUUCUGAGAUCUUGGAUAAGACUGCUGGUGAUUGGCCGGUUAAGGAAGCGAAAGAGAUGGUUAUGAUAGGGCUUAGGUGCGCGGAGAUGAGGAAGCGUGACCGUCCUGAUCUAGGGAAAGAGAUUCUACCGGUUCUUGAACGGUUAAAGAACGUUGCUUGUAACGCAAGAAACGUGUUUUCUGAAACCCUAGCAGACAAUAACCACCAGGCUCCGGGGCAUUUCUACUGUCCAAUAACUAAGGAUGUGAUGGAUAAUCCAUGUGUAGCUUCUGAUGGAUAUACAUACGAGAAGAGAGCCAUUAUUGAAUGGCUUGAGAAGAAUCAUAAAUCUCCAAUGACGGAUUUGCCCUUCACCAACCAAACUCUCCUUCCUAAUCAGUCUCUUCUUUCUGCUAUUAAGGAGUGGAGAUCAAAUCUAAUUAAAUAGAAAAAAGGUUACAAGUUACAAAUCUAAACUCCUCUAUUAACAUGCAUCAUUGUGUUUUCCUUUUCCUCACCACUUAUGUGCUCACGUACUGACGUACACUUACACACACGACCACACAAGUAGAUAUGUUUAUACAUACUGAAAAUAUUUGAGUUUUG